AAAAAUUAUGGACAUUUUAUAACACAGAGUACUUCUGAGAAAGAUCAAAGCUCCAAGUGAAAGAAGAAAAAGAUGGCGAAAUCUCAGAUCUGGUUUGGUUUUGCCUUUCUAGCGUUGCUUCUUGUGUCAGCCAUAGCGGACGAUGUGGUUGUUUUGACGGACGAUAGCUUCGAGAAGGAGGUCGGUAAAGAUAAAGGAGCUCUGGUCGAGUUUUACGCUCCCUGGUGUGGCCACUGCAAGAAACUUGCUCCAGAGUAUGAAAAGCUUGGGGCAAGCUUCAAGAAAGCUAAGUCAGUGUUAAUUGCAAAGGUGGAUUGUGAUGAGCAUAAGACUGUCUGUACUAAAUACGGUGUUAGUGGAUAUCCAACCAUUCAAUGGUUUCCUAAAGGAUCCCUUGAACCCCAAAAGUAUGAGGGUCCACGCAAUGCGGAAGCAUUGGCUGAAUACGUGAACAAGGAAGGAGGUACCAACGUGAAAUUAGCUGCAGUUCCACAAAACGUUGUUGUGUUAACCCCUGAUAAUUUCGAUGAGAUUGUUUUGAACGAGAACAAAGAUGUCUUGGUCGAGUUUUAUGCGCCAUGGUGUGGCCACUGCAAGUCCCUGGCUCCUACAUACGAAAAGGUAGCCACGGUGUUUAAGCAGGAAGAAGGUGUAGUAAUCGCGAACUUGGAUGCUGAUGCACACAAAAGCCUUGGCGAGAAGUAUGGAGUAAGUGGAUUCCCAACAUUAAAAUUCUUCCCAAAGGACAACAAAGCCGGUCAAGAUUAUGACGGUGGCAGAGACUUAGAUGACUUUGUAAGCUUCAUCAAUGAGAAAGUUGGGACCAGCAGAGACAGUAAAGGGCAGCUUACUUCAGAGGCUGGUAUAGUAAAAAGCUUAGAUGCGUUGGUAAAGGAGCUAGUUGCAGCCAGUGAAGAUGAGAAGAAGGCAAUCUUGUCUCGCAUCGAAGAGGAAGCUGGUAACCUUAAGGGCUCCACAGCAAGGUAUGGAAAGCUUUACUCGAAACUCGCAAAGAACUACAUAGAAAAAGGUUCAGGCUAUGCUAACAAAGAAGUCGAGCGGCUUGGACGCGUCCUUGGCAAGUCAAUAAGUCCGGUGAAAGCUGAUGAAUUCACUCUCAAGAGAAAUAUCCUUAACACGUUCGUUGCUUCUUCUUAGAAGCCAAAGUUUGAAUGAAAUAGGCGCAGCCUGAGAGAAUAGGAGUCGCUAUAACUAAUACGAUUUGUACUAUCGGUGUUUUGGAGAUUUUAUGCCUGUCGAGAUUUGUGGUUAGUUCUGAAACUCUUUUGAAUCAAGUUUCUUUGUCUCUUUUUUUUUUUUUUUUGGUAAACCACCGGCGAUAAUCAUGAAUUUUUUUCUCUU